GCGGCCAUGGCGGCGGGUUUCGUGCGGGAGCUGGAGCGGCGGGCCGGGCCGGCGCUGCGGCUGGAGCAGCGGGCGGCAGGCGGCGUGGGCUGCGUCGUGUGGGACGCCGCCUUAGUGCUCGCCAAGUUCCUGGAGACCGGCGCUUGUCCCCUCGCCCGUCGCCACGUCCUUGAGCUGGGCGCCGGUACCGGCGCUGUCGGCAUCAUGGCGGCCACGCUGGGGGCGAACGUGACGGUCACUGACCUUGAGGAGCUGCAGGAGCUGUUGCUGGUGAACAUCGAGAACAACAAACACCUGGUGACAGGGUCAGUCCGAGCCAAGGUACUGAAAUGGGGUGAAGAUGUGACAGAAUUUCAGCCUCCCCCUGAUUACAUACUAAUGGCUGAUUGCAUUUACUAUGAGGAGUCCUUGGAACCAUUACUGAAGACACUGAAGGACCUUUCUGGCCCUGAUACCUGCAUCUUGUGCUGCUACGAGCAGAGGACUAUGGGAAAGAAUCCUGAAAUUGAGAGAAAGUACUUUGAGCUGCUUCAGGUGGACUUUGAGCUGGAAAAGAUUCCCCUGGAUAAGCACGACGAGGAGUACCGCAGUGAAGACAUUCACAUCAUGAACAUCCACAGGAAGCCAGCGAGUUUUCCAUCGUGAGAUCUUCAACCACAGGAUCUGUCCUCUCUCAGAUGGCAGAGCCGUGGAGAAGAGGGAGUGGGUAUAGAAUAACACCACGAAGGGACUGUCUCCAGUGUGGUUUGUGACUCAUCUGCAGAAAGCGGCUUCUCGAUGGUGGAUUUGGCAUGAGCCACCAGAAGUGGGCUCCUCGUUAGACUACAUCCAUUGGUAGCAUCUUUCAGAAGGACAGAUGUGAGCUGCUGAUGUCUGCAGGCUGAGGAAGGCCAAAAAUGGAACCAGAGCAGUGCUGAGUGCGUGUUCUGGUUACCUCCUACGAGAGCAGUGGGUGGCUUGUGAGUGCUAACGGAGCAGGUCUGAGACCACCCCGCCGAAGGCUCUGUGAGGAGGAAAUUCUUGUGAGCAGGCUCAAUCACACAGCCUCAGAGAGCCACUCAAUAAAACCUUUCCAGCUGA